CGGUAAUACAUACCUACAUACACAUUACAAACCCGAUAAUAUAUGGAGUGCAGGAAAUUUGAGCUAACCCUAAUCUCUGCAAGCGAUCUCGAAGAUGUUCGAAAACUAUUCAAAAUGAAAGUUUACGGGAGGGUCUCUAUCGGAGGCAACCCAGAAACAGAGAGGAGAACUCCAACAGACAAGCAUGGCGAGACCAACCCAGCGUGGAACUUCAGCUUGAAAUACACCAUAGGUGAGUCUGCUGUGAAAAACUACGGAGUCAUGGUUGUCAUCAAGCUUUACUGUAAGCGAAAGCUCGGCGACAGAUAUAUUGGGGAGGUUCAUACGUCAGUUAAAGAGCUUUUCGAUUCGUGCGUUUAUGGAGGCAGCGCGGUGGUGAAUUUCCCGGUGAUGAAGGGUUCCUUAAAUUCUCAGGGAGUUUUGAGGAUUGCUUAUAGGUUUGGUGAGAAAGUGAAUGUUGAGAAGCUUCUUUUGGCUGAGGGUUUUGCAGAUUGGAUUCGAUGUGUUGACUGAUAUUCUACUUUUCGACAAUUAUGACCAUGUUCAUGUUAUGUACCCAAAAUCCUGCACUCGUAUCUACAUAAUCGUGUGACUCAAGAUUUUCACCAUAUUGUACGAUUGAGUGUUUGUGUAAACAAUCAUCGAGUCUUGUAGCGUUGGUGUAGUUAUUGUUUUAGAAAUGGUCAACCUAUGGAAGAUGAUGAUGAUGAUAAAAUAUGUUCCUUCCCUCUGUUUGUCCAAUCCAAGAAUAGAAGUAUGCUUUUAUUUGAUUUUCCUA